AUGGCUCCCCGCACAGAUUUCCCUCCCGUUCGGGCUUGUCUCUUCGACAUGGACGGCCUGCUCCUCGAUACCGAGGAUAUCUAUACCCUCUGUGUAAACGAGCUUUUGCUCAAGCACAAGAAGGAGAAGUUUCCUUUGCCGUGGAGCAUCAAGGCGCAGCUCCAAGGCCGCCCUGGUCCCGCCGCAUUGGACAUUUUCCACGACUGGGCCGACUUGCCCAUCAGCCGCGAACAGUACAAGGAGGAGUAUUACGCUCUUCAGGCUCAGAAGUUCCCACACACCACGGCCCUUCCAGGUGUCAAGGAGUUUCUGCAGAAGCUUGGCAGCACCCGUUACUGGGAUCUGAAGGAGGAUGCCACCACCAACGGCGCGGACCAGAAGCCCGCAGCAAAGCCUCACCGUGUGCAUAUCGCGCUCGCAACCUCUUCCCACGAGGCUAACUUCCGCAUGAAAACAAACCAUAUCCAGGAGCUUUUCACGGUUUUUGAGACCCACCGUCGCGUCCUCGGUGACGACCCGCGUAUCCCUGAGGGCCGUGGCAAACCCUUGCCCGACAUUUACCUUAUCGCUCUACAGACCAUCAACGAUUCCCUCCCCAAGGGUGAGGAACCGAUCACGCCCGAGGAAUGCCUUGUCUUUGAGGACAGCAUUCCCGGUGUUGAGGCCGGUCGCCGCGCGGGCAUGCGUGUUAUCUGGUGCCCCCACCCAAUGCUCAAGCAGGAGGUGGACAAGACUGGCGACGAGAAGCUGGUUCUUGCGGGUCUUCUCAAUCAAGCUGAGAUUGAGAAGGAGAAGGCGGCUGAGGUCGAUAAAGAGAAGGCCGAAGCUGGCUUUACCAACGGCGCUAAGAAGACCGACACCAACGUCCUUGCUGACACUGAGACGGUCCCCGAGAAGCCCAUUGACGCCAACACCGAAAAGCCCAGCGACGCCGACGCCGAAAAGCCCGGUGAGAUUGACGAUGGUUGGGCGGAGUACCUUCCAAGUCUGGUCUCCUUCCCGUACGAGAAGUACGGCAUCCAGAUCCCCAAUGCCGAAGUGGAGGAGGACCCGGUGAUGAAGGAAAGCGCCAAGAUCGAUGAGGGCGAAGUGCUUCAGGCCGUUCAGACCAAGGUCGCUGACGCCUGA